AUGGUGGCGAGGUAUAACUUAUCAAGCAACUCUUGGGUCGACCAAACCUUUGAGUUGAGGAAUUUAUGGGUUCUUGCAUAUUUGAGGGACCAAUUUUUUGGGCGAAUUAGGACAACAUCCCAGUGUGAAGGGAUUAACUCUCUGAUAAAAGCAUAUGUGAGAAAGAAAGAUACCCUUCUUGAAUUCAUCAAUAACAUGGAGACCGUUGUUAGCCAUUACAGGAACAAUGAAAGAGUUGCAGAGUUCAAUAGUAAAUAUACCGAUCCAGUACUUGUGACUUCUUUGCCGACACUUGAAGAUUUUGCUGCAAAGACUUUCACUCGUAACAUGUUCCGGGAGGUCAGGAAGGAAAUUGAGGGUGCUUGUGCUAUGAAUACAGAGUUGGUAAUUCAGGAUGGUGGAAAACUAUACUUCAAGUGUAACAAUUUUGGAGUGCCAGAGAUUGAUCAUAUGGUUGAGUUUGACAGAGUUGGGGGGAUGCUUCGUUGUGAGUGUCUGUGGUUCGAAAAUAGAGGGAUUCCCUGCAUGCACAUAUUUGCAUGCCUAAAGCACCAACACGUUGAAGUUAUUCCAGAAUGCUUAGUGUGCAAGCGUUAG